CGCCAGUAAACACUGGAGAAGAAAAAGCUGAUGCUCGUCUGAACCGCUUUAGCCCCUCGAUUUAUAAAAAUAAAAGCACAUUAUUGUGUCUGGCUCUGAGGAUUUAAACCCCUGAGUUGCGUGAGGACAUGAAAACCGAGACAUCCACGGAUGGAGAGACCUCAGAAGCCUGUGUGAAGAAAGAGGAGACGCUGGAGCUGAAAAUCUACAACUAUGGAGACGAUCUCAACAACCCACCUGAAGGUCUCUCCGUUAAAGUGGAAGAUCCUGACGAUAAAGACCAUCUCUACUGUGAAAUUUGCAAAUCCUUCUUCCUCAACAAAUGUGAGGUUCAUGGACCACCCCUCUUCAUCCCAGAUACUCCUGUUCCCAUGGGAGUCCCUGACCGAGCCAGACAAACUCUUCCUCCUGGGCUAGAAAUCCAGAAGUCCAGUAUUCCUGAUGCAGGCCUGGGAGUGUUUAAUAAGGGGGAGACUGUUCCAGUAGGUGCACACUUCGGACCCUGCCAGGGAGAGCUGGUGAACAGAGAGGAAGCCAGGAACAGUGGAGACUCCUCGGUUGUAUACAGGAGCAUGCAGUGUGAAGAAUACAUCGAUGCCAAAAGAGAGACGCAUGUGAAUUGGAUGAGGUAUGUGAAUUGUGCCCGUAAUGAAGAAGAACAGAAUCUUGUGGCAUUUGAGUAUCAAGGGGGAAUUCUGUAUCGUUGCUGUCGAUCCAUUAACCCAGGACAGGAGCUCUUGGUGUGGUAUGAAGAGGAGUACACCAAAGAACUCAGUCCUGCACCAACAGGAACAACCAGACAGCAAGAAGUAAAGAACGCUCUGCUGCAAGUCUUUUCCUGCUCCACAUGCCCUCGUUCCGAUGCAUCUCAAAUUUACCUCGACAAACACAUCCAGAGAUGCCACUAUGAAGAGUAUGCGAGACUGCGAGAAUCAGGAGAGAUUAAAUAUGAGCUUCAGAUCCCCUCCAAAUGCUCCAGUCGUCAGCCAACAUCAGCUGAUACUAUCCAUUCUGAUACUUCCCAUAAUGAUAUACAGAAGGAAAUUCACCACUGCUCAGAUUGUGGAAAGAGUUUUAGUCAUCAGAAUGCACUCAAGACACACCAGCACAUUCACACAGGACAGAAGCCGUAUCACUGCUCACAGUGUGGGAAGUGUUUUACUCAUCGGAGUAAUCUCAGAAAACACCAGCGCAUUCACACAGGAGAGAAGCCGUAUCACUGCUCACAGUGUGGGAAGUGUUUUACUCAUCAGAGUACUCUCCAAAUACACCAGCGCAUUCACACAGGAGAGAAGCCAUAUCACUGCUCACAGUGUGGGAAGAGUUUUACUCAUCAGAGUAAUCUCAGAAAACACCAGCGCAUUCACACAGGAGAGAAGCCAUAUCACUGCUCACAGUGUGGAAAGUGUUUUACUCGUCAGAGUGCUCUCCAAAUACACCAGCGCAUUCACACAGGAGAGAAGCCGUAUCACUGCUCACAGUGUGGGAAGAGUUUUACUCAUCAGAGUAAUCUCAGAAAACACCAGCGCAUUCACACAGGAGAGAAGCCGUAUCACUGCUCACAGUGUGGAAAGUGUUUUACCCGUCAGAGUACUCUCCAAAUACACCAGCGCCUUCACACAGGAGAGAAGCCGUAUCACUGCUCACAGUGUGGGAAGAGUUUUACUUAUCAGAGUAAUUUCCAAAUACACCAGCGCAUUCACACAGGAGAGAAGCCGUAUCACUGCUCACAGUGUAGGAAGUGUUUUACUCGUCAGAGUGAUCUCCAAACACACCAGCGGAUUCACACAGGAGAGAAGCCGUAUCACUGCUCACAGUGUGGGAAGAGUUUUACUCAGCAGAGUGCUCUCCAAAUACACCAGCGCAUUCACACAGGAGAGAAGCCGCAUCACUGCUCACAGUGUGGGAAGAGUUUUACUCAGCAGAGUGCUUUCCAAACACACAAGCGCAUUCAUACAGGAGAGAAGCCGUAUCACUGCUCACAGUGUGGGAAGAGUUUUACUCGUCAGAGUGCUCUCCAACGACACCAGCGUAUUCACACAGGAGAGAAGCCGUAUCACUGCUCUCAGUGUGGGAAGAUGUUUACUUAUUUAGUUACAUUUAAGACCUGCAAGUGCACUAACUCAGACAUUGCAUGAUUUAAUGUUGUCAAUUUAAAUAUGGUUGUUACAGUUUUGGCUGAAAAUGACCUGUACUUUGAACUUUAUUGUUCAUGUUACACUGGUCAACAAUUUUUCAGAAGUUGUCUGCUUCAGAGAUGAAAUUGGCUAUUCUGAAAUCUGGUGUGUUGAAUUAAAAGUGACAGUUAAUCA